GAGGAAAUGGGAAAGGAGAAUACAACAUUAUGGACAGAGUUUGUUUUCACAGGACUCACACACCAACAACGAUGGAAAAGCCCCCUGUUUCUGCUGUUCUUGGUAAUUUAUCUCAUCACCAUUGUGGGGAACCUUGGCCUGAUCACUCUUAUCUGGAAUGACCCUCACCUUCACAUCCCCAUGUACUUCUUUCUUGGUAAUUUGGCCUUUGUGGAUACUUGGUUGUCAUCCACAGUGACACCAAAAAUGCUGCUCAACUUCUUAGCUAAGAGCAAACUGAUCUCUCUGUCUGAAUGCAUGGUGCAAUGUUUUUCAUUUGUAAUCAGUGCAACCACGGAAUGUUUUCUCUUAGCAGCAAUGGCCUAUGACCGCUAUGCGGCCAUAUGCAAACCUUUACUCUAUCCAGUGGUUAUGACAAACAGACUCUGUGUAUACCUACUGGUCUUGUCAUUUGUAGGUGGAUUUAUUCAUGCUUUAAUUCAUGAAGGCUUUUUAUUCAGAUUAACUUUCUGUGGUACCAAUAUAAUACAUCAUUUUUAUUGUGAUAUCAUUCCUUUGUUAAAAAUCUCCUGUACUAACCCUUCUCUUAAUUUUCUAUUGCUUUUUGUUUUCUCUGGUUCAAUUCAGGCAUUCACUAUUUUGACGAUUCUAGUGUCUUAUACACUUGUUCUCUUUACAAUCUUAAAAAAGAAAUCUGCCAAGGGCAUAAAGAAAGCCUUCUCUACAUGUGGAGCCCAUCUCUUGUCUGUAUCUUUAUACUAUGGUCCUCUUCUCUUCAUGUAUGUGCGCCCUGCAUCUCCAAAAAUAGAUGAUCAAGACAUGUUGGACUCCCUAUUUUACACUGUCAUUAUUCCUGUGUUGAAUCCAAUUAUCUAUAGUCUGAGAAAUAAGCAAGUCCAAGAUUCACUGGCAAAAUUCAUUAAGAGAAAUGCUUAG